CUUUAAUUGUCAAUACUUUUAUAUUUGACAGAAUUAAAGUAAUAAAAUAAAAUACGCCAAAGAUUUUAUUCAUUUAUAAAUAUUCCCGUUUAUGUUGCUAUAAGUAAAUUAAUUAGAUGGCUUCAUCUCGUAUCCAGGCAACCGCUCGCCAGUUGUCUAAAACGUUCAAGAAAAAGACAAGAUUUGAAAUUGGCAUAGCCACUGACCUUCCACCUGCCUAUAAGAAGUUCUGGCGAGAAUGGAAAGUAUUAAAACCUGCUGCAGUUCAUUAUGUCCCUCAAGAGAGUAAAUGGAAACGUGAUGAGUUAACGGGAGAGACAUUGCCCGUACAAAAUAUCCCCAUACCUUUGAAAUACCCUUCUGAAAUUCAUGAGGGUAUUUGGGGUGGGGAGGCCGUAAUUAAAGGUUUUCAAAAGCGCGAUCCCCGUCGUCGUAGAGUUCCACAUUAUUGGGUGCCUGUUCUCAAGAGAACUGUUGUAAAAUCAGAAAUAUUAAAUACAAAUUUAUCAGUAACUGUAACUGAUAGAACUAUUAAACUUAUUAAUGAUCACUAUGGAUUUGAUCAUUACUUGCUUAAAACACCAGCCUGUGAUUUGGUGUCUAUGCUAGCCUUAAAGUUGAAAAAACAAAUACUCAUUGAACUGAUGAAUGGUUGCCCACGAUAUGAACAUGACCCAGCAAAACAAAAAGAUAUUUACAAUGAAUAUAAGACCUAUUUGUCAUCUUACACGCCUGAAGAAAUUGAAUGGUAUGGGUUAACCUGGUACGAAGCUCUUAGCAAAGUUGCUAAAAUGAAGGAAGCUGCUAACAAACCGGUACCAUUAAAGAGUAUUUACAGAAAAAAUUUAGUUGAAAAAUUGAGAGCCGCUAAUAAAGAAAGUGAUAAUAGUCCAGCUGAGGACAUAUCGACUACAACAUCUUGGCUGUCAAAAAUGAAUCCAUUUGGUAAGAAAGAUGAAGCUUAGUGAAUUAUGUAGAAUGUUAUAUAAUAUUAAAUUGUUGUGUUAUAGAAAAGAAUGUAUCCUUGAAAAUAAAUAGAUAGACUACUGCCCAA